CAGGUGAGCGGGGCAUGUUAGCGAAUUUUAGCACGACUUAUCGCUUAGCCGGCUCUGUAUAGAGCCUUUAUCUAGUGUUCUCAAGACUGAAGACUGAAUUUCGGGACAGUGCGUCCCGAAAUCGUGUCCCGUGCCAUGGCGCCGGGAAUAUUUAUUUAUAUUUUGGCAUCGCUUGUGUUAACGCAAGCCCGCGAAAAUGUACCAAAGAAUAACGCAAAAGAAAUAAUAAAUACUCAAGUACGGGAAGCUCGACAACAAAAUCAGAACAACAACGAAGUUGUCGUCGCAAUCGAAGAUGACGAAAAGAAACAGUAUUACGAAACUAAUUACGAUACUAGUGCAUAUGGAUUUGGUUACGAUGUCGGCCCUAAUGGGCAGUUCCAUCAUGAGACUAGAGGUCCUGACGGUGUAACCUAUGGUUGCUACGGAUACGUCGAUCCCAAUGGCUACCUCCGUGUCACACACUACGUAGCUGACAGUCACGGUUACAGAGUAAUCGAACCAGAGAAGCCCGUGGAAGUAUUCCCCGACAAUAACCACGUGUAUGAUGAAAAUGCGGAUAACGCUGCAUUGAUACCUGGCCAAAUAGUUCCAUGGAAUAAGUUAUACCUACCCGAAGGGUGUGGAAAGACCCCAGGUGGUGUACCUCCGAAGCCAAUUCCGAAACCUACGCGACCUCCGCCGGCACCCAAACCCCCGACCGAUAGCACUGGCCAAACUAGCAACCCUCCAGGCGUAAUCUACCCAGGCGGGUAUUAUCCAGGCACACCUGGAACCCCUGGAACCCCAGGCACCCCUGGAACCUCUGGAAGCCCUGGCACCGCGGGAACCCCGGGAUCGCCAGGAAGUCCCGGCGGAUACAAACCCGGUUCAGGACAACCAGGAGGAACCGGAACAUCAGGUUGGCCAGGAAGUCCUGGAAGUCCUGGUGGACCAGGUGGGCCAGGCGGACCCGGUGGUCCUGGCGGCCCCAGUGGACCAGGAGGCCCGAAUGGACCAAAUGGACCUAAUGGCAACUACCCAGGCAGUCAUGGACAACCAGGAGGAACCGGAACUUCAGGUUGGCCAGGAAGUCCUGGAAGUCCUGGUGGACCAGGUGGGCCAGGCGGACCCGGUGGUCCUGGCGGCCCCAGUGGACCAGGAGGCCCUAAUGGACCAAAUGGACCUAAUGGCAACUACCCAGGCAGUCACGGACAACCAGGAGGAACCGGAACUUCAGGUUGGCCAGGAAGUCCUGGAAGUCCUGGUGGACCAGGUGGGCCAGGCGGACCCGGUGGUCCUGGCGGCCCCAGUGGACCAGGAGGCCCGAAUGGACCAAAUGGACCUAAUAGCAACUACCCAGGCAGUCACGGACAACCAGGUCAAGCCGGAACUCCAGGUUUACCAGGAACUCCAGGAACUGCAGGUACUCCAGGUAGCCCAGGCGUGACAGGUCCAAGCGGUGGUUACUAUCCAGGUGGUGGUUAUAAUCCAGGAAGUUCAGGAUCUCCUGGAAGUCCUGGCGGACCAGGUGGGCCAGGCGGACCCGGUGGUCCUGGCGGAUCUAGUGGACCAGGAGGCCCUAAUAGACCAAAUGGACCUAAUGGCAACUACCCAGGCACUAUCGGACAACCAGGUCAAGCCGGAACUCCAGGCUUACCAGGAACUCCAGGAACUGCAGGUACUCCAGGUAGCCCAGGCGUGACAGGCCCAAGCGGUGGUUACUAUCCAGGUGGUGGUUAUAAUCCAGGAAGUUCAGGAUCUCCUGGAAGUCCUGGCGGACCAGGUGGGCCAGGCGGACCCGGUGGUCCUGGCGGAUCUAGUGGACCAGGAGGCCCUAAUAGACCAAAUGGACCUAAUGGCAAUUACCCAGGCACUACCGGACAACCAGGUCAAGCCGGAACUCCAGGCUUACCAGGAACUCCAGGAACUGCAGGUACUCCAGGUAGCCCAGGCGUGACAGGCCCAAGCGGUGGUUACUAUCCAGGUGGUGGUUAUAAUCCAGGAAGUUCAGGAUCUCCUGGAAGUCCUGGCGGACCAGGUGGGCCAGGCGGACCCGGUGGUCCUGGCGGAUCUAGUGGACCAGGAGGCCCUAAUAGACCAAAUGGACCUAAUGGCAAUUACCCAGGCACUACCGGACAACCAGGUCAAGCCGGAACUCCAGGCUUACCAGGAACUCCAGGAACUGCAGGUACUCCAGGUAGCCCAGGCGUGACAGGCCCAAGCGGUGGUUACUAUCCAGGUGGUGGUUAUAAUCCAGGAAGUUCAGGAUCUCCUGGAAGUCCUGGUGGACCAGGUGGGCCAGGCGGACCCGGUGGUCCUGGCGGAUCUAGUGGACCAGGAGGCCCUAAUAGACCAAAUGGGCCUAAUGGCAACUACCCAGGCACUAUCGGACAACCAGGUCAAGCCGGAACUCCAGGCUUACCAGGAACUCCAGGAACUGCAGGUACUCCAGGUAGCCCAGGCGUGACAGGCCCAAGCGGUGGUUACUAUCCAGGUGGUGGUUAUAAUCCAGGAAGUUCAGGAUCUCCUGGAAGUCCUGGCGGACCAGGUGGGCCAGGCGGACCCGGUGGUCCUGGCGGAUCUAGUGGACCAGGAGGCCCUAAUAGACCAAAUGGACCUAAUGGCAAUUACCCAGGCACUACCGGACAACCAGGUCAAGCCGGAACUCCAGGCUUACCAGGAACUCCAGGAACUGCAGGUACUCCAGGUAGCCCAGGCGUGACAGGCCCAAGCGGUGGUUACUAUCCAGGUGGUGGUUAUAAUCCAGGAAGUUCAGGAUCUCCUGGAAGUCCUGGCGGACCAGGUGGGCCAGGCGGACCCGGUGGUCCUGGCGGAUCUAGUGGACCAGGAGGCCCUAAUAGACCAAAUGGACCUAAUGGCAACUACCCAGGCACUAUCGGACAACCAGGUCAAGCCGGAACUCCAGGCCUACCAGGAACUCCAGGAACUGCAGGUACUCCAGGUAGCCCAGGCGUGACAGGCCCAAGCGGUGGUUACUAUCCAGGUGGUGGUUAUAAUCCAGGAAGUUCAGGAUCUCCUGGAAGUCCUGGUGGACCAGAUGGGCCAGGCGGACCCAGUGGUCCUGGCGGAUCUAGUGGACCAGGAGGACCUAAUAGACCAAAUGGGCCUAAUGGCAACUACCCAGGCACUAUCGGACAACCAGGUCAAGCCGGAACUCCAGGCUUACCAGGAACUCCAGGAACUGCAGGUACUCCAGGUAGCCCAGGCGUGACAGGCCCAAGCGGUGGUUACUAUCCAGGUGGUGGUUAUAAUCCAGGAAGUUCAGGAUCUCCUGGAAGUCCUGGCGGACCAGGUGGGCCAGGCGGACCCGGUGGUCCUGGCGGAUCUAGUGGACCAGGAGGCCCUAAUAGACCAAAUGGACCUAAUGGCAACUACCCAGGCACUAUCGGACAACCAGGUCAAGCCGGAACUCCAGGCUUACCAGGAACUCCAGGAACUGCAGGUACUCCAGGUAGCCCAGGCGUGACAGGCCCAAGCGGUGGUUACUAUCCAGGUGGUGGUUAUAAUCCAGGAAGUUCAGGAUCUCCUGGAAGUCCUGGCGGACCAGGUGGGCCAGGCGGACCCGGUGGUCCUGGUGGAUCUAGUGGACCAGGAGGCCCUUAUAGACCAAAUGGACCUAAUGGCAACUACCCAGGCACUAUCGGACAACCAGGUCAAGCCGGAACUCCAGGCUUACCAGGAACUCCAGGAACUGCAGGUACUCCAGGUAGCCCAGGCGUGACAGGCCCAAGCGGUGGUUACUAUCCAGGUGGUGGUUAUAAUCCAGGAAGUUCAGGAUCUCCUGGUAGUUCUGGCGGACCAGGUGGGCCAGGCGGACCCGGUGGUCCUGGCGGAUCUAGUGGACCAGGAGGCCCAAAUAGACCAAAUGGACCUAAUGGCAACUACCCAGGCACUAUCGGACAACCAGGUCAAGCCGGAACUCCAGGCUUACCAGGAACUCCAGGAACUGCAGGUACUCCAGGUAGCCCAGGCGUGACAGGCCCAAGCGGUGGUUACUAUCCAGGUGGUGGUUAUAAUCCAGGAAGUUCAGGAUCUCCUGGAAGUCCUGGCGGACCAGGUGGGCCAGGCGGACCCGGUGGUCCUGGCGGAUCUAGUGGACCAGGAGGCCCUAAUAGACCAAAUGGACCUAAUGGCAACUACCCAGGCACUAUCGGACAACCAGGUCAAGCCGGAACUCCAGGCUUACCAGGAACUCCAGGAACUGCAGGUACUCCAGGUAGCCCAGGCGUGACAGGCCCAAGCGGUGGUUACUAUCCAGGUGGUGGUUAUAAUCCAGGAAGUUCAGGAUCUCCUGGAAGUCCUGGCGGACCAGGUGGGCCAGGCGGACCCGGUGGUCCUGGCGGAUCUAGUGGACCAGGAGGCCCUAAUAGACCAAAUGGACCUAAUGGCAACUACCCAGGCACUAUCGGACAACCAGGUCAAGCCGGAACUCCAGGCUUACCAGGAACUCCAGGAACUGCAGGUACUCCAGGUAGCCCAGGCGUGACAGGCCCAAGCGGUGGUUACUAUCCAGGUGGUGGUUAUAAUCCAGGAAGUUCAGGAUCUCCUGGAAGUCCUGGCGGACCAGGUGGGCCAGGCGGACCCGGCGGUCCUGGCGGAUCUAGUGGACCAGGAGGCCCUAAUAGACCAAAUGGACCUAAUGGCAACUACCCAGGCACUAUCGGACAACCAGGUCAAGCCGGAACUCCAGGCUUACCAGGAACUCCAGGAACUGCAGGUACUCCAGGUAGCCCAGGCGUGACAGGCCCAAGCGGUGGUUACUAUCCAGGUGGUGGUUAUAAUCCAGGAAGUUCAGGAUCUCCUGGAAGUCCUGGCGGACCAGGUGGGCCAGGCGGACCCGGUGGUCCUGGCGGAUCUAGUGGACCAGGAGGCCCUAAUAGACCAAAUGGACCUAAUGGCAACUACCCAGGCACUAUCGGACAACCAGGUCAAGCCGGAACUCCAGGCUUACCAGGAACUCCAGGAACUGCAGGUACUCCAGGUAGCCCAGGCGUGACAGGCCCAAGCGGUGGUUACUAUCCAGGUGGUGGUUAUAAUCCAGGAAGUUCAGGAUCUCCUGGAAGUCCUGGCGGACCAGGUGGGCCAGGCGGACCCGGUGGUCCUGGCGGAUCUAGUGGACCAGGAGGCCCUAAUAGACCAAAUGGACCUAAUGGCAACUACCCAGGCACUAUCGGACAACCAGGUCAAGCCGGAACUCCAGGCUUACCAGGAACUCCAGGAACUGCAGGUACUCCAGGUAGCCCAGGCGUGACAGGCCCAAGUGGUGGUUACUAUCCAGGUGGUGGUUAUAAUCCAGGAAGUUCAGGAUCUCCUGGAAGUCCUGGUGGACCAGGUGGGCCAGGCGGACCCGGUGGUCCUGGCGGAUCUAGUGGACCAGGAGGCCCUAAUAGACCAAAUGGACCUAAUGGCAACUACCCAGGUACUAUCGAAAUUAUACUAACCAUUAACCAUAGAUAUCCAUUAAAAAAAAUAUUUUACACAGGACAACCAGGUCAAGCCGGAACUCCAGGCUUACCAGGAACUCCAGGAACUGCAGGUACUCCAGGUAGCCCAGGCGUGACAGGCCCAAGCGGUGGUUACUAUCCAGGUGGUGGUUAUAAUCCAGGAAGUUCAGGAUCUCCUGGAAGUCCUGGUGGACCAGGUGGGCCAGGCGGACCCGGUGGUCCUGGCGGAUCUAGUGGACCAGGAGGCCCUAAUAGACCAAAUGGACCUAAUGGCAACUACCCAGGCGCUAUCGGACAACCAGGUCAAGCCGGAACUCCAGGCUUACCAGGAACUCCAGGAACUGCAGGUACUCCAGGUAGCCCAGGCGUGACAGGCCCAAGCGGUGGUUACUAUCCAGGUGGUGGUUAUAAUCCAGGAAGUUCAGGAUCUCCUGGAAGUCCUGGUGGACCAGGUGGGCCAGGCGGACCCGGUGGUCCUGGCGGAUCUAGUGGACCAGGAGGCCCUAAUAGACCAAAUGGACCUAAUGGCAACUACCCAGGCACUAUCGGACAACCAGGUCAAGCCGGAACUCCAGGCUUACCAGGAACUCCAGGAACUGCAGGUACUCCAGGUAGCCCAGGCGUGACAGGCCCAAGCGGUGGUUACUAUCCAGGUGGUGGUUAUAAUCCAGGAAGUUCAGGAUCUCCUGGAAGUCCUGGCGGACCAGGUGGGCCAGGCGGACCCGGUGGUCCUGGCGGAUCUAGUGGACCAGGAGGCCCUAAUAGACCAAAUGGACCUAAUGGCAACUACCCAGGCACUAUCGGACAACCAGGUCAAUCCGGAGCUCCUGGUUUACCAGGAACUCCAGGAACUGCAGGUACUCCAGGUAGCCCAGGCGUGACAGGCCCAAGCGAUGGUUACUAUCCAGGUGGUGGUUAUAAUCCAGGAAAUUCAGGAUCUCCUGGAAGUCCUGGGGGACCAGGUGGGCCAGGUGGAUCCGGUGGGCCAGGUGGAUCCGGUGGUCCUGGUGGAUCUAGUGGACCAGGAGGCCCUAAUAGACCAAAUGGACCUAAUGGCAACUACCCAGGCACUAACGGACAACCAGGAAAGCCAGGCACUUCAGGGUCACCUGGAGGUAAUACCGGUGGUGGCGCACAUUACCCAAUCAAUACAGGUGCUCCGGGUGGCCCAGGUGGUCUAGGCGGCCCAGGAGGAGCAGGAGGUCCAACUGGUCCUAGCGGAGGCGGUUACUACCCUCCAGGCGGCAGCAAUUAUCCUGUCACACCAGGUGGACCAGGAGCUCCAGGAGGUCCAGGUGGACCAGGUGGACCUGGAGGUCCAGGCAGCUCAGGCGUGGCAGGUCCAAGUGGUCCUGUAGGCGGCAGCGGUAAUAAGCCGGAACAACCUGGCCAACCAGGCUUGCCAGGUGCACCAGGAACUCAAGGACAACAAGGAAAGCCAGACACUGCAGGGUCACCCGGAGGUCCUACCGGUGGUGGCGCACAUUACCCAGGCAAUACAGGUGGUGAUUCAAUAGGUGCACCUUCAGGAACAGGAGUACAACCUCCAGUUUAUCCGCCGGGAGGACAUUACAUGCCCCCAUUUCCGAUCUACGUAAUUCCAUAUCCACUGCCAAUCGUCCCAAGUCCAGGCUCAUGUCCAUGCUAUCUCCUGAAUCCAGGCAAUAACAGCAGUAGUACAGCUGUCUCCCAAGGUCAAAUGGCAAAUCAGAAUCAGUACUAUUCACCAUAUGGUAUUAUAGGUUUCCUACCAGUAGUUUUUGUUCCAAGCUGUCCAGGGGGCACAACUGAUAUGCAAACAGCGCAACAAAAUUUCCCUAAUGCAGUACCUGUAUCUUAUAAUUGCGCCCAGUGCCAAGCGAACAGAGACAUCUAUAGAUUCUUGGGCAGAUUCGGCGGAGGACGCAGUGUAAAUUUGACAGACUUAAAAGAAAUUAAGUCGCUACCAGAACUAGAAAGCUUAUUAAUGAAUGAAAUUAAAGUUCCCAAAAAGAAUCUUCGCCGAAUUGCUGUACAUGCACGCGCUCUUAAUGGCGAAAAAGAUGAAAAGAAGAUUGUAUUAAAUACGAAAAUUUAAAUAGAUAUAAUUAUUGUAAGUAGAUUAAUAAGGGAUAAGAGGUAAAAAUUUUGGAACUGGCCGAUUUGUACUUGGACGGUUUCGAAAUUUCCUAGUUGAGUAAAUUCUGAUAUGUUGAUGAAAAUUACAUAUAUUAUGUACAAAAAUAUAUAUAUAUAUA